GAGCUGCGGCCCGCGGCGAUCUCGCGCUGGAGGAAGUGGCUGUGGCGACGGCGGCGGCGACGGCGACAGCGCAAAGACUGCGGGCAUGGUGGGGAGGGAGAACGAGCUUUCCAUCCAUUUUGUUCCAGGGAAUUGCCGGCUGGUGGAGGAGGAAGUUAACAUUCCCAGUAGGCGGGUUCUGAUUACUGGUGCCACUGGGCUUCUUGGCAGAGCUGUAUACAAAGAAUUUCAGCAUAAUAAUUGGCAUGCUGUUGGCUGUGGCUUUAGAAGAGCAAGACCAAAAUUUGAGCAGGUUAAUCUAUUGGAUCCUGAUGCAGUUCAUCACACCCUUCAUGAUUUUCAGCCCCAUGUCAUAGUACAUUGUGCAGCAGAGAGAAGGCCAGAUGUUGUAGAAAAUCAGCCAGAUGCUGCUUCUCAACUUAAUGUGGAAGCUUCUGGGAAUUUAGCAAAGGAAGCAGCUGCAGUUGGAGCAUUUCUAAUCUAUAUUAGCUCAGAUUAUGUAUUUGAUGGAACAAAUCCACCUUAUAGAGAGGAAGACAUACCAAAUCCCCUAAAUUUGUAUGGCAAAACAAAAUUAGAAGGAGAAAAGGCUGUCCUGGAGAAUCAUUUAGGAGCUGCUGUUUUGAGAAUUCCUGUUCUGUAUGGAGAUGUUGAGAAGCUCGAAGAAAGUGCUGUAACUAUUAUGUUUGAUAAAGUGCAGUUCAGCAACAAGUCAGCGAACAUGGACCACUGGCAGCAGAGGUUCCCCACUCAUGUCAAGGAUGUAGCCACUGUGUGUCGUCAGUUAGCAGAGAAGAGAAUGCUGGAUCCGUCCAUUAAGGGAACCUUUCACUGGUCAGGCAAUGAACAGAUGACGAAGUAUGAAAUGGCAUGUGCAAUUGCAGAUGCUUUCAAUCUCCCCAGCAGCCACUUGAGACCUGUGAGUACCUGGCAUCCAAGACCUUCUUGCAAGUUCAGAUCCAUCAUCACAAUUACUGACAGUCCAGUGUUAGGGGCCCAGCGUCCAAGAAAUGCUCAGCUCGACUGCUCCAGAUUGGAGACCCUGGGCAUUGGUCAGCGAACACCAUUUCGGAUUGGAAUCAAAGAAUCACUCUGGCCUUUCCUCAUUGACAAGAGAUGGAGACAAACAGUUUUUCAUUAGUUUAUAUGUGUGUGUGUGUUUCUUUUCUUUUCUUUUUUUUUUUUUAAUGAAAAGUAUAGUGUGUGGCACUUUUUAACAAAAAAAGGAAAUAGUUUUGUAUGAGUGCUCUCUAAUUGUGACAUUUAUGAUCUUUCAGGUAAAUGAUACUCUUGCACUAGUGGAACUGUCUAAAGAAACUAAGGGGCAGUGAUGCCUUGUUUGAAGUAAUGAUCUUUGUUUAUCUUUCUGUUUAUUCUGGCUUAACUGGCUGUUUGAGUAUAAUAAAUUAUGAUUCUUAAAUACUUGAGAGCCAAGAUGAAACAGAUCUGCUGUAGACUUUUUUUGGGGGCGGGUUGGGUAGGGUAGAUGAAAUGCAUUGUUCAUGCCCAUAACCUCUACAUUUUCAGGAUUUUUGCAACUGUUAAUCCUUUCAUGUUGAUUGUUUUAAAGUGUGUUGAGUAUGAAAAUCAUUGUUCAUUAUUGCUUUGCUUGAGCUCAGAUCAAAACGUUUAAAGAAAGAAACUUUAUUUUUGCAACUUAAGUACCAUUUUUAUGCUUGAGAUGUUUCAAGAUGUUAUGUAUAUUGGAACUUCUGCAGCUUUUUGCUUCCUGCUUUGGUAGCAGUGUAUGGUGAGCCCUUGAGAGAGAAUGUGUGUGAGUGUAUAUACAUGUCGUAUGUAUUUUUUAAAUAUAUAUAUAACCGUCCUUUCCACUCCAUGUUGCUAAGUGAUAUUUCGUAUGUAUGUGCAAAUAACAGGCCAUGUAAGUCUUUUGAUCAUCCAUGAAUAAUAAUAAAAACGUACUGCUGGCAUGAGAAUACUUAGUUUUCUUUCAUUUACUCUUCUUUUUAAAUGUAAAGACUAAAUUUCUAAACUAAUUGUUCUGCUGCUUUAGUUUUUUUAAAAUUAACAUCUGAUACAUGCAAAAGAAUAUAGUUCAUAUAUAUUGAGAUACAAAACACAAUAAUAAAAUGAACACUGGUGAACCUACCGCUUGAGAUCUAGAAUGUUAUAAUGUUUUAUCUACUUGUGCCAACUGAUUUUUUUUUUAUUGUAAAAAAUAUGUAUAUAUCAUAAAAUUUUGACCAUUUUGAAGUGUACAAUUCAGUAGCAUUGAUUAUAUUCACGGUGUUGUGGAACCAUUGCCACUAUUUCCAAAACUUUUUUUUAUCACCUCAGACAGAAACUCUACCCGUUAAGCAAUAACACCCUUUCCCUCCUUUUUUCUACUUUCUGACUAUGAAUUUGCCUAUUUUAGAAAUUUCGUAUUGGUGGAACCAACUAGUUGUGUUUUAACUCACGAAAAAGAAAGAACUAUUUAAUUUUUUCAUAUUAUGCAUUUACAUAGAAUGGUCUUUCUGAAGAAUGCAGAGUAUUUGUAUUAUCUAUACUGAGUAAUUUUCAAGUAACCUUAGCCUCAGUAUGGUCUCUGUGAGUCAGAAUCAGCUCCACGGCAGCGAGUUUGGUGUUUUUGGUUUUAGCCUCAAUAUUUUUAGCCCUUAAUAAGGAAACCAGAAAGGCAGAGUGAGUUGUAUGAUUUGGCUUCUACUCAGGGCAGUGCAAAUCCUGGCUUUAGAUUAUCUGGUUUCACUUUUGGGGUCCUCUUUCCCUAGAUUAUGACCUUAUUCCAUUAUUGGACAAAAUGUGUUUCUAAUUUCCUAAUUGACUUAGAAUUUGGGGUUAAGAUAGAAUAAUAUCUGGGUGAUUUGAUUAAAGCAACAAUUCCCAAACCAAGUCAUGUUUUAGAAUAAACUGGGAAAAUUUUACUGAUACCUGAGCCCUGCUCUAGGCCUACUGAAAUAGAAUUUCUGGAAUUGUGGACUUUUUUUUUUUUUUUCCAAUCUAUUUUUAAGUGGUAGCUAGCCUAGCACUUGCAUUUGGCAAUCACUGGAUGCUCAGUGGUUAAGAGCCAGCUGCUAUCCAAAAGGUCGGCAGUUCGAAUCCACCAGCGGCUCCUUGGAAACCCUAUGAGGCAGUUCUACUCUGUCCUAUAGACUCGCUGUGAGUCAAAAUCAACUUGAUGGCAGCGGGUGUUUGGUUUUUGGAUUACAGCAUUCUCUGUGUGUGUGUGUUUUAAAUUACUACAUUUUACAUAGUACAAAAUUCAAAUGUUUCAGAAAGCCUUCACGAGCCAGCCCAGGACACCCCAGGCCACUGGACCCUGACCCUGAUACCUAUGACCAUUUGGGCCACUGCACCUGGUAAAGGGCCCACCAGCUCAUCGGGCACUGUUUCAACAACCACACAGGUCACCAAGAGCCAGUGGAGCAUGAAAGAGAAGGAGACAGGUGUUAUUAUUGUUACCUUUAUUCCGUUGUAUGAAUGAAUGAACCACAACUUAUUUAAUCAGUCUCUUAUUGAUAGGCUUCAGGCUUUAAAAAAAAAAAAAUGUUAAUAGUCCCCAG